CGUUCGAGAAUAUCGAUAGUUUCUCGUCUCACUUCAGUAACCUCCAGAGGGCCGAUGAAAAAGGAAUCUGUCCUUAUUAUCGCUCGUGUUUUAAAAUUUAACCUCUUUUUUCUCCCAAAUCCUUAUCGGCAACCGAAUAUUCAUCGUGACAUCCUCAUUCCCUGGUAUAUAGAAUAUUCGUCAAAGACACGCAACAAGAAAACGGGGCGCGUGACCCAUCCAAAUACUCUCUUGUGGUCACGUGACCUCUCUCGAAUAGACGCAGCAAGUGUCGGCUCUCCGGUCGAGUCGCGAGUUCCAGGUCGUGUGUGUUUAGUGUCGGUGGAACGUGUGCUAAAGCAAAUUUUGUGUUUGUUUCAAAAAGAAAAAAAGGAGAAGUAAACUUUUUGAUUUAAAAUAAACUUUUGAUCAUGAUUUCAACUGUGUUCUACUCGUACGAGUACUCUUAGGAAUCAGUGCAACAAUAUUGACAAGUGAAUUAUCGUGUGUGUGUUUAUACAAGUGUUGACAGUGGAAAAAAAGGAAGAAAAAAAUACUCGGAUUGCGGUUAAGAAAACUUUGGAGAAUGUUUUUCUCGUGUAAGAUGUGGAACGCAACGACAGACGUCGCACGAAGACAAAAUGGGGCCUGUUAAUCAGGCCCGAAAGAAAGCUGGGGUCCGAUCCGCGGAGGCAUGGAUGUCAUCAGUGACGGGGACGAGCAAACCCUCCAGGCCAUUCUCGGACGAGGCGAUUUUGUUGGAGGAAUAGACAAUGAGGCGCUGGAUUUCUCACAAUUGGAAGAUUUCAUCAAUAGCGAUAGUGAGCAACCCGCAACAUAUUUUGCUGACACCCUUGCACACAAUGAGGACGGUGGACCAAACAAUCAUGGAAAUCGCGUGGAAACAUCAAACAACCAACAACCACCAGCAAGGUUGCCCACACCGAUAACGCAAAAUCAUUCGGUCCCAACAACAUGCACUUCCGGUACCACUCCUGUGCCUUCCGGUACUAUUUAUAAGGAUCCUCAAACAUACGUUCAUCCUCAUUCAUUACCAGAAAGUCCGCCAGACAGUGGUAGUGAGCCUCCUUACUCUCCACCCGGACAUCACGACUCUCAACAUGUACAUUCACCGCAUCAAAAAGCAGCUUUACAAGAAAUCCUCCUUCAUCAUCAAGGGAACACAUCGAAUUACACGUCUGGUUUGUUGCCAUCGUCACCAAGAACACUGGCACCAGUUUCAGAUCCGCUUCUGCUCACCCAUCCAGUAUUGACGCCUCUUUUGACGCCAAAUAGUUUGACUCUUCCAAAUCAACAGCAACAACAACAACAGCAGCAAUUGGGAACACCAUUGGUACCAUUACCUCACGAACACAGUCCCAAUAAUACUGGUAUCACCACUUUGUAUUCAUCACUUCAGUCGGCACCCAAAAAAAGAAAACUCAGUCAGGAUGGUCUCGUACACGUCAAACAAGAACCGGAAUUGGGAACGGUGGAAAGAAGUUGUAGUAGUAACAGCACAGUGCUUGAGGGAGAUGAAGUUACAGGCGAUAGUAAUUACAUUGAUGCGAGUUAUCAAUGCAUUCGUUUUCAUCCUUUUCAACAAACUUCUUGGCAUGCUCUCUGUGAUCACAAUCUUAAAGAACUCCCUGUUCCGCAUUAUCGAGUCGACGCUGAUAAGGGAUUCAACUUUAGCAAUUCUGACGAUGCCUUCGUUUGUCAGAAGAAAAAUCAUUUCCAAAUUACUUGCCACGCGCAGCUUCAAGGAGAGGCCGUAUUUGUCAGAACCAGUGAGGGUCUCAAAAAAAUUAGCAGUUUUCAGCUUCACUUUUAUGGCGUCAAAGUCGAAUCACCAACUCAGACAAUUCGAGUCGAACAGAGUCAAAGCGACAGGAGCAAAAAGCCAUUUCAUCCUGUGGUAGCUGGUUUCAGGGUGGAAUUGGGUGGCGAACGCGUCACCAAGGUGACAGUGGGACGUUUGCAUUUUAGCGAGACAACCAGUAAUAAUAUGCGAAAAAAAGGAAAACCAAAUCCCGAUCAACGUUAUUUUCAUUUAGUCGUUGGAUUACAUGCGCACACGGCCGAUCAGGCGAGUUAUCAGGUCGUCGCUCAUGCCUCCGAAAGAAUAAUUGUCAGGGCGAGCAAUCCGGGACAAUUUGAGUCAGAAGGAAGCGGCGUUGGUGUCGAGGGCGGUUGGCAACGAGGAUCUGCUCCCGACAGCGUUUAUCAUGCAGGUCGAGUUGGAAUUAAUACAGAUCGACCUGACGAAGCUUUAGUCGUUCAUGGAAAUAUGAAGGUGACGGGACAUAUUGUCCAGCCGAGUGACGUGAGAGCAAAGCAAAAUGUACAGGAGGUCGAUACACGCGAGCAAUUGAGAAAUGUUCAACAAUUGCGAGUGGUGCGUUAUCGUUACGCGCCAGAAUUUGCUCUUCAUUCGGGACUUGGUGUCAAAUCGCAGGAGGACACGGGCGUUAUUGCACAGGAGGUACAGCAAAUUUUGCCUGAAGCCGUUUUGCCAGCUGGCGAUAUUGUACUUCCCAAUGGACAGAGGAUAGAAAAUUUUUUGGUGGUUAAUAAGGAGAGGAUAUUUAUGGAGAAUGUUGGUGCAGUGAAGGAACUUUGUAAAGUCACUGAUAGUUUAGAAACAAGAAUCGAUCAAUUGGAGAGAAUUAAUAAACGAUUAGCGAAAUUAAAGAGAGGCGAUAGUCUCAAGAGUUCAAUUAGUACAGUAUCUAGUAUAGCGAGUAGUAAAUAUUCAUCGUCAAUAAAUGCAAAAUCAACGAUGCAGGGAAAAUCGAAACGAUUCGAAAAGGAUGAUGAACUACUUUGCAGUAAUAAAUUCAUACAGAUUAUUAUCGUUAUUCUUAUUCUCAUCAUGGCAUUUUGUCUCGUGGCGAUGGCGACUUUGUAUUUCUUGGAAUUUCAAAAGCGCAGUAGUUUAGAAUGGUCGGCGGUGGCGGGCGGUGGAAUUUUGGCUAUAGCACCAGUUCAUAUUCCAACUUCGCAAUCGACGCCGGAUUAUGAGUCACGUUUCAAUCCACUUUUGUACAGUACACCCUCACCUUAUACGAGACACGGUACAUUUACGAGAGGAAUCGAUGGUCAUACAUUAUUGAAAAAUGCCCUCUCCACCCAAUCACCAAAUACGAAACAACAAUUAUAUUCACAAGAAAUUACUUGGUAUCCAGGCUCGCAAAAUAAGCACGACAAAAAUAGUGAAUUUCCAAAUAACUGGCUUGGCAAGAACGUCGCUGGUGCUGUUCCUAGUCAUGUUGACGAAAACGAUCAAAGUUCAGAUAUUGAUGCUCCUCCGACGAAUAAGGGGCCAGUUCCUUUAGGAAGACCCGCUGAUUGUCCUGUUCAUUUUACUGAACUCGAAAGUCCUUGUCAGAUUUACUGCUGCACGGCAGAAAUUCAUCAGCUUGAAGAAGCGCGUCCUGAUCAUCCACCUGAAAAGAAAACUAUUUCUGAUCAUUUGGAGCAACCAGUUAGUAUUCAUGAGGAGAAGAGAAAGCUCAGUAAAGGCUUACAAAAUGGAAUAAGUCCAUCUGAUCCCAGCACGCAGACUCUCGUGAAAGAGAACAAUUAUAAAUAUCUUCACAAGAGAUCGAGAAGGGAAGCUGGAAGUGGAGGAGAUUGGGGAGAAGUCGCGAGUAAUGCGGCCGGUUCCUUGCCCCCAGAACCAAAACCACAAUUGUUUAUUGUUGCAAAAAGUUUCAACGCCUCUCUUGAUCAACGAUAUUGUUCAUCGGCAUCUACGAAUACUGCAAACAAUAUCAGUUGCAUUGUUCCACUCUCGAAACACAUGCCAGACACUCAUCUCACGUUACAUUUUGUAGGAAUGCCAUGGUAUUGGCAAAUUGUUCAACAAUGUCCAAUACCGUCGAAUGCGGCCGUUGAUGAAGCGAUGGUCUGCGGAUGGAGUUAUUCGAUGCAACAUCAAACGCAAUAUACUGAAAGUACUAAUCAACCGGGUGAUCAAGCAUUUUCUCUAGAUGUUGCUCAUUAUUUAAGAAAGACUCUCAGGUUCCGAGUGCCCACCGUUCAACCUCAAGAUAAUAUUUGCAAGAACAGGCACGGAAGUGAUUAUCUGGAGUUUACCUUGCAUUUUUAUCGAGAUUGCGACGAGUGAAUCGAGUUUCUUUUUUGUACUCAAGUAAAUUAUUCAAUGGAUCCUCUGAAAUUAUCAGAAUUUGAAUUGUGCCUCAGUGCCUUCAAAAUUCGGAUACUUCAUUCUCUUAAGUGCAGCAAAAUAAAAGCACAUUGACAAAUAUUGAUCUGAAAUUAAACACGAACCUCGUAUUUAAGUUUUUGUACAGAAUUUAUCAUGUAAGAACUAAGAAGUGCUUUAAAACAAAAACCGGGGGGUGGGGUAAGAAAGUGGAUAAAAGCAUCAGUUAACCGGUGCUUUUCUCUUAUAUAAAAAAGUAAAUUUAAUCGUACAAGUAGACUUAUUUACGGUGCAGAAUUUCACAUCGAUUAAACAUUGAACAAAGUAUUUAAAAUAAGAGGGAAAAAAACUCAAAUGACUUUAAAAGGAAACUUUUGAAAUUUUCUUUUUAAAAAGCGAAUCGAUGUUCGAGAAAAGUAAAAUAAUUUGAAAAAUUGUCACGUCAUAUUAUUGACGUUAUGUACAGACUUUUUUGUGAGAUAUAGAAAGAUAGAAGAGUAUUUAUAUAUAAAAGAAAAUGUACAGUACUCAAUAUACUGUACAAAAAUUUUAUUGUAUGUAUGCCUGUGAGAGUUUUGAAAGCAAGUUUUUUUUAGAAUUAUCAUCACUCACUAGAAUUAACAAAACAAAAAGAAAAAAAGAGAAGAUUAUUAAAUUAUUUAACGAGUUAAUUUUUAAGUAUUUCGUGCAAUAUAUUUAGGCCAAGGGAGAUCUUGAAAGAAAAUAGGAUUUUUUUCUCACACCCUUCAAAAAAAGAAAAAAAAAAAUGUUUAUUAUAAAAUUUUUCUGAUUUCGAUAUUUGCUUGUACUGA